AUGGACAAAGACCAGCCAAAACCGCCGGGGAAGCCAAAGAGUAGAGAAGAGGCCUCUACAUCUACAUCCAUGGCCGGUAGAAUCCAGUCGUCUGCCGCCGGCCUGCUGAGAACCACCAUAUCGCCCUCCUCGCCCUCGCCCUCGAACUCGUACGCCUUUGCAAACGGCAUCUCCUCGUCCCUGGCGAGCGUCUCGAGCUCCGAGAAGGCUGCUCCCGCCUCUGGAUCAUCUUCAGCAUCGCAUGGGCCAGGAGUAGAGAGCGGCUUUCACCACGGAUUACCCUCUGAGUCGGGCUUUCGAUCUCAGCAGCCACAGGCGCAGAUACACUCUCACUCGGAACAGGAGUUUCAUCAAGGAGGUGGGCUGCCGCUUGAUGAUGUCGGUGUCUACGACCUGUCUGAUUCCAAGGGCAAGGGCAAGGGCAAAGGGAAGGGUAAAGUGGAGGAAGAGAGAUUUGAUUCUGCUUGGAUGGCUGCUACUACCGCGUCGAAUACUAGGCCGUCGAUAUCACGUUCUGAACAAGAACAGAGAGACGGUGAAGCUGUCUCUGCUCUGCUGUCGUCUUCAUCAUUUGAUCCCCUAUCUCUUCCCGAGGACGAACUCGAUAUAGAACCAGAACCGGACAUGGACUUCCUUAUACCCGGCUCAGACCAGACACAGCGACCACUACAACCAUCCAUAUCGUCAACCUCUCUAAUACCGGACAUCGACUUCGUGCUUACCUCCUUGAGAAACGCCCCGGCGCAGUCUCAGACUGAACACCUGAGAGAUUUACCCGGUGUAGCAGAGUGGUUGGAUCUGGAUGCCGAGUACCAGGAUGUGGUGUGGGGGUAUUUGAAGCCGCGGGUCGAAGAGGCGAGGCAGGAAGUGCAGGAGAGGUCAGAGAGGGGGGAGCAGGGAGUAGGUGAUGGGCCUGCCGUGAUGAGGUUGAGGAUGGUGUUGGCGCACUUGAAGGAAGGGAAGGGCAUGAUAUAG